CCUCGGUUGUCUCGGUAACCGGGACUCGACGCCAGUCGACCAACAGCAGCAGCGAAAACACGGAGGAUCCGAUUCUUAUGAGACUGAAUCACAAACCACGGGCCGCUGUAUCUCCCCUCGCCUGCGGAUAAACAGCUGAAGGUAUGGCUGUGUAUUUUGAUCACCGUGUUGAGGCACCAGACAGCAGUGGGACAGCGGUUCUCCUGGCCUGGCACUCCUCCCAGCCUCUGCUGGCGGUCGGCUCCGUCAGCCCUGCCUCCGGAGGGAGUGUAGACAUCUACCUGCAGCAUGGAGAGCAUGUGGAGUUGUGUCAUGUAGAACGUGGCUUCAGUCCAGCGCUGCUGCGAUGGCACCCCACCAAACCCCUGCUGGCGGUGGGCUGGGAAACGGGAGAGACCCUCCUCCUCACACAUCCACAUGGAGAACACACACCUCUGCCCCCAAACACACACACCGCCUGCAUCACUCUGCUGGAGUGGAGCUUCACCGGAGCCAGACUGGUCACUGGAGAUCAGGCAGGGGUUCUGGCCAUGUGGAAGGUGGACGCUCGAGGAAGACUGCACGGGAAUCACCUGACAAAACAGCAAUACAACAAACCCUUAACCAACUGCAUCUUCAGGCCUACGCCUCCCGCAGAGGAUGUGUCAAAGCUGGCGAAGGCGGCCGUCAGUGGUGAUGAAGAUGCCCUGGAUAAGUUUAACUGGAGGAAAGCCAGUAAAGGGGGCGGAGUUUGGUCUCCCGGCUCACAGGAAGGACUCACCAUCUACGCCAGCACAGCUGACGGCUGUGUGUUCAGUGUGGACGACCGGGGCCGCAGUGUGCCACUGCUGACUGUAGAGGGCAGAGUGCAGAAGCUGUUUUAUUCGGAGCGCAGAGCCAUGCUUGCUGUGGUUACCGACUCCCUGCUGCUCUCACAGUUCAGCCUCGGACCAGAGGGGGGUGCUCAAGAGCUCAGUAAGGUUAAGCUGAGUGGACGAGGUGGACAGAACGCGGACAUCGUGUGGACAGAGAGCGGUUUGCUCAUCACGGCGUCUGGAGAGCAGCUCAUCAGGUUGUGGGAUCUCGAGAGAGAUGAUAAUUAUGUUCUGUCUCUGGAUGAAAAUCUGGGCUUUGAGAAAGGAGAGCUGCUUAACUGUGUGUCCUACUGUCCUGCCAAAGAGGUUCUUGCAGCUGGAACAAAUAGGGGGCGUGUUGCUCUGUGGCAGAUGGUGACCGUGACCAAUCAGAAAGGAGACAUAAAAACUCAGUGGAGGUUACAGACGCCCACAGAGCUGGAGGGAAACAUCUCACAGCUGCAGUGGGGGUCCAGUCUUCACUUGCUGGCCGUAUGCAGCACCAGUUCUGUGUUGAUUCUGUCAGAGCAUGUGAUGUGUUCACAUUACAGCCAGCAGGUGGCAGCAGUGCAGCUCACACCAACCCAGCUCAGCCUGACUUACUUCAGCACGGAUACACACCUCACACUGCGCACGGACACACACAUCAGAGCCGUGCAGGUCGCCAAGGACACAGUGACCGUCUGGGAUGGAAGAUGUGUAACAGUGUAUGAGGUCUCUGGCCAAGCUCUGCGCAGCACAGGGUCUUUCCAGUGUGAUUCUGUUGCUCUCGCUGUUCACGAAGAGAAUAUUUACACUGUAGAGCCCAACCGGGUGCAGGUCCGCACACCACAGGGCACUGUAAAGCAGCUGCUGGUGUUUUCUGAGGCCGAGGGAAACCCCAUCCUGCUGAAUGUGUGCAGGUCAUAUUUGGCAGUGGGGACGGACGCUGCUCAUGUCCGAGUGUUCGACCUCACACGCAGGGAGGCGAAGCCACUAUGUAAUGCAAAAAACAUGGCUGAACUCAUUCCUGACCUCGGAGCGCUGAGAUCAGUCAAGUGCAGUGCCAAUGGGAACCAAGUCAGCAUCCUCAUCACACAGAUAAACGGACGUCCAGACCACAGGGUGUAUUUCUAUGACGUUGAGAUGGACACGCUCUCUCACUUCGACUUCUUCACUGGAAGACCUCUCAGUGGCCUCUCUCAGUCAGACGACGGUCAGAGGUCUCGGGAUAAUGAGCCGGAGCUGGCCAGUCGUUAUCCGGUCUCUCAGUUCUGGGAUGACAGUGAGCCGCGCCUGUUUGUGUGUGAAACGGUUCAUGUUAACUCUGAAUUCCACCACGCCAGCCAGUCCCACGCCACGGACAAGGUGGAUGUGUUGGUGGUUACGUUUUUCGUGACUCAGGAACACGGCCUCCUCCUGCAGGACACACAGCCCAAACCCCCUGCACUGCAGGGGCUGCUGGGACUGGACACGCCUUAUUACUACUACACCUGCAAGCUCUUGUUUCGGAGAGGUGGAGUCUUUCUUGCAGAUCCCGGAGAGCAGAACAUGGACAGUGAUAAUGCUCCACCUGCUGCUCCCCCCUCCCCCCACAUGGUGGUACGCCGAGCUCUGCGGGAUUUUGUUGGUUUGGAGAGCUGUGACAAGCAAACCAGAGACGCAAUGCUUAACUUCAGCUUCUACCUGACGAUUGGGGACAUGGACGAGGCCUUCAGAGCCAUCAAACUCAUAAAGAGCGAGGCGGUGUGGGAGAACAUGGCUCGGAUGUGUGUGAAGAGUCGGCGGCUGGACGUGGCGCGUGUUUGUCUGGGGAAUAUGGGUAGUGCCCGGGCUGCUCGUGCUCUCAGAGAGGCAGAGAAGGAACCAGAGCUGGAAGCCCGCAUCGCUGUGCUCGCUACACAGCUCGGAAUGCUGGAUGAAGCUGAGCGUUUGUACCAGUCCUGUGGUAGAUUUGACCUGCUGAAUAAGUUUUAUCAGGCGGCCGGUCAGUGGCAGCAGGCCGUUGAAACCGCAGAGACUCAUGACCGCAUCCAUCUGCGUACCACCUACUACAACUACGCUCAACACCUGGAGGCCUUGGGGGACAAGAGCCUCGCGCUCACUUAUUACGAGCGUUCUGAUACACACCGUUUUGAGGUCCCCCGAAUGCUGAUGGAGGACAAUCUCUCUCUCGAAAUCUACAUCAACAAGAUGAAAGACAAGAGUCUGUAUAAGUGGUGGGGUCAUUAUCUGGAGAGCCAAUCAGAGAUGGAGUCUGCACUACGUUACUAUGACCACGCGCAGGACUACCUGUCUCAAGUGCGCGUGCUCUGUUACGUGGGAAACAUCCAAAAGGCGAGUGAGAUAGCCAAUGAGACGGGCAACAGAGCCGCGUCCUAUCACGUGGCUCGGCAGUACGAGGGUCAGGAGAAGAUCAGCCAGGCGGUGCACUUCUACACACGGGCUCAGGCCUAUAACAACGCCAUCCGGCUGUGCAAAGAGAACAACAUGGACGAACAGCUGAUGAACCUGGCACUGCUUAGCAACCCUGAGGACAUGAUGGACACAGCCUGCUACUACGAGGAGAAAGGAGCGCACAUGGACCGAGCAGUCAUGCUGUACCACAAGGCAGGCCAUGUGUCGAAGGCUCUGGAACUGGCCUUUGCUACAGAGCAGUUCGGUGCGCUGCAGCUGAUAGCAGAGGACCUGAAUGAGAACAGUGACCCUGCUUUACUGGCACGCUGCUCUGAUUUCUUCAUCAAACACUCGCAGUACCAGAAAGCUGUGGAACUGCUGGUGGCUGCCAAGAAAUAUCACGACGCAUUGCAGUUGUGUUUGGACCAGAAUCUGACCAUCACAGAGGAUCUCGCUGAGAGCAUGACCGUGUCCCGAGGCUCCGCCCACCUGACAGAGGUGGAGCGUAAAGAACUGCUGGAGCAAAUUGCAGACUGCUGCAUGCGCCAGGGCAACUAUCACCUAGCAACCAAGAAAUACACACAAGCUGGUAAAAAGGCCCACGCGAUGCGGGCGCUGCUGAAAUCAGGUGAUACGGAGAAGAUCGUAUUUUUCGCUGGAGUUUCCCGGCAACGGGACAUUUAUGUCAUGGCUGCUAAUUACCUGCAGUCUCUGGACUGGAGGAAAGAUCCGGAAAUAAUGAAGAACAUUAUCAGCUUCUACACCAAAGGACGAGCUCUGGACCUGCUAGCUGGGUUCUAUGAAGCCUGUGCGCAGGUGGAGAUAGACGACUAUCAGAACUACGAGAAAGCGUUUGGUGCUCUCUCUGAGGCGUGCAAGUGUCUGAACAAAGCCAAGAGCCGCAGCGGAGACGAGACGGACCAGCGGCUCGCGGAGCUCACACAGAGACUCGCUCUCAUCAAGAGAUUCAUACAGGCCCGCAGACUGUAUGAGGAGGAUCCAGCAGCAGCGGUGUUGGAGUGCGAGUCUCUGUUGGAGGAGGAUGACCUGGACCCUGCAGUGAGAGUCGGUGAUGUGUUCGGGUUCCUUGUUGAGCACCAAUGCCAACACGGAAACUACCAGAAGGCGUGGGCCAGUCUGGAGGAGCUGAGGCGUUUGUACCCAUCAGUGAACGUGGGUUUAUACGUCAGUCAGCAGAGUCUGGAGGCAUUGCAGAACGCCGCCGGGAUCCGCCUCCGCCACGGAGACGCCACACACACUCGCAGAGACACAGACAACACACUCGCACACAACGGGGAGGACGAGGAGGAAGAGGUGGAGGAGGACGAGAACCUUGACGACUGAGAGGGAGCGUUACGAUCACACGAACACAAAGUUCAGGGGAACGUUCAGGUACCACUUUGGUUCACUGUUGCCUUAAGCAGACUGGCUGGUGUGUAUGCCUUCAGGAAUCACACACACUGCGAGGUCAGCUGUCCGUGUGUGUGACUGGAUUGUCUGUUAUUUUUUUCAAAGAUGUUUUCUACAUUUUCCAAAUGAAUGUAAUGGAUAUGUAAUGUUUUAUAUAAUAGCCUGUAUAGAAAUCUCAUUUUAAUAAAUCAUUUUCUAUUUGUAA